AUGUCUGACGCUGAUCCCUCCGUUGCACUGCUUGUGGAAAGUCACCAGGAAUGUCGCCAGACCAACAUGAGCAGCAAGGAUUGUGAGAACAUACGCAGGCUGUGCUCGGCUAUGACUCUGGAGGCACUCAAGUGGACGGCUUCCAGCGCUGUUGAAGACGAGUGUACUGGGAUCCGCUUCUUAGAACAAGGCUGCCGCACUGGAAUGCGUGAAGACCAUGACAAGCGUACAUGUGCAAUCGAUAAUUAUCAGAACUGGGGAGCUACACGCAAAGAGCUAUGUCUCGCCACACUGCAUAUGAAUAUCCAAGAAGAUGAAAUACGUGGGAUUGCACCCAUUGUGUCUCUAGCGGCCGCUACCACUUGUACCCUGAGUGUUGGGAGGAGGGUUCGGUCUCAGGUUCGGCUGAGACAUAAUGACGAUGCAUACUCACAUUGGAUACGGCCGAAAAAGGACGAUGAGUGUUUAAGACAAAGUGCGCCACGCAGGAUGAGCGUUCUAUCGCAACAACAUACUAACGAGCUUACCAGGGACUUCUUCGGCCAAAAAAUGGCGGUGUUCGGGCUUGACCUAUACUCAUACAACCGCGCGCCACACAGCAAUCCUCCCAGCCCGAAGAAACUUGUUCAAAGACACAUGAGACUUCCGGUCAUCCCGCAUCUGAGCGUCCAUGGGUGCCAAUGUGGCGUGUGCCGAGCCCAGAUACAGCUUGUAGAGGAUAAGGGCAAUAAUAUGACUCGUUGUGAGAUCCGUUGUAGUACGACAGUCCGCACUACAAAAUGCGGCACGGCUUAUCAGACGAUCAGUAACUGGCUACUUUCUGCAAAUACCUCCAAGUUGGGGCUGUUCGAAAAACGUGCUAUUAUAGUAUGUACAAGCAUGGCUGGGCGGCAUCCAAGCUUCAAGAUCAUCAAUACCCGUCAUGGGCUUCAUGUUCCUGCAUAA